GCUUUAAAAAUUAUUUAAUUUUACAAUGAAGAUAUCCAAGAGGGGCAUGCAGCGUGGUUGCAAAUCGCCAUUAGUUUUCGUGUCAUUAUAUCUGCUCAUCACAGCGUCUUGCAUAGAUCAAUGCCAAGGGGCUGGGUCUGAACCUGGCGCAAUACCGACUAAAAAGCCGUCACCGCUCCGCAUAACGAAACCACAACCUGUAAGCACCACAGUUAAAACAACCACAACAGCAUCAUCAACAACUACCAACGAAGCCAGCACCACUGAUGAGCAAGUGGCUUCACUAAUAUCCUCCACCACGGAGAGCACAGCCGUCAGCAGCGAUGCCAGUAGUAGAUACGGCACAACUGGAGCCGGCAGUUUGGUGCCAGAGAUUUGCAUUAAUGGAAUUCAACAGGCGAUAAAUAGUGCGGAUGGAGAGACAAUUGUUCGCAGGCAGCAUGAGCUGGUGCAAGUUAUUGAGGGAGAUGUGCUCCUGAGUGUAUUAACAAGUGAUCCUGCAUCGGCGCUGUUUGUGAUUAAUCGCGUGAAUCAAGCAAAUCUUAUUUCAGCUGACUUUGAAGUUGGAAUUCGGGCGAUCAAUGUGGAUAAUGCCAGUCUGGCCGAGAAUCUGUUGAUUCAGGAGGUGCAAUAUUUGCAGCAGUGCACGCAGUAUUCGAUGGGCAUAUUCCUGGAUUAUGAUCUGUAUAAAAGGCUAGAAUCAAUCAUCCGGGACUUGGAGUACAAUGUGUGGCCCAUACCCACAACGCGUUCCCAUCUCUUUCCCAAGGUGGCACACUUGCUGCAUCAAAUGCCUUGGGGCGAGAAGAUUGCCUCUGUGGAAAUAGUAGCCGAGACUCUGGAUAUAUACAACGAGUUCAUGGAUGCAGCACGACAGGAGCACAUGUGUCUCAUGCACUUCAAGAGUGAUGACAAUGUCUACAUCUUGUUUGGCAAUAAGAUGCCCAGUCACUUCAAGGAGAAUGGCACUGUGUUUGCUGUGCCCACGGAGCGCACAGAUCACGUGUUCCUGGAGGAGCUACCCAACAAGGCGUUUAUAUUGAUGGAAAAUGAAAUUGAACUACGCACGACUGACUUGGAUUCCAUACCCACAACGCUGGAUGAGGUGCUCAUUGGUAAGACUGUGCUGCCCUCUCGAGUUCUGGCUCUGGCCGGUCCCAUUGUGGAUCUGAUGAACUGGCUGCGUGGUUCCCUGGCCAAGCAUUGCAAGCGGGAUGAGGAUUUGCAUGUGUUGGAGAGCUGUUUUAACUUUCUCAACUUCAUUGAGGAUUGGCGCACUCCAGAGUAUCGUCAUCCACAUGACACUGCCGAGUUGCUGGCGCUGCUGCGCAUGCGUAAACUGUCCACGACAAUGACCUUCCAGAUGUAUCAAAAGAAACUGGAAACGCUGGACGUGAUAACGGGGGAGUCACGCAUGGAACUGCGUGAGAUUGCCUCCCAGAACUUUGUGACGAACGUGACCACCUACUAUCAUUAUAAUCGGGAUAAUCACACCAGUCUCGAGCUGAAGACCAAGUUCGGCUUAGUCUUCAACUGUCAGUAUACAGCGGGAGACAAUCGACGCCAUCCGUUUCUGUUUGAUGGCGAAUCCGUAAUGUUCUGGCGAAUCAAACUGGACACAUGGGUGGCAACGGGCCUAACGGCAGCCAUACUGGGCCUGAUCGCCACGUUGGCCAUUCUUGUGUUCAUUGUGGUGCGCAUCUCACUGGGCGAUGUCUUCGAGGGCAAUCCAGUCACCUCGAUAUUGCUGCUGCUAUCACUCGUCCUUGUUUUCUGCUCCUUUGUGCCCUUCUCCAUGGAGUAUGUGGGCGAGCAGCGCAACUCGCACAUCACCUUCGAGGAUGUCAACACACUCAAUACACUCUGUGCCGUGCGAGUGUUCAUCAUGACGCUGGUCUAUUGCUUUGUCUUCUCUCUGCUGCUUUGCCGUGCCGUUAUGCUGGCUUCCAUUGGCUCCGAGGGUGGAUUUCUCUCCCAUGUCAAUGGCUACAUUCAGGCGGUCAUCUGUGCAUUCAGCAUCUUUGUCCAGGUGGGCAUGUCCGUCCAGCUGCUGGUCGUCAUGCACAUGGCAUCGGAGAGUGUAUCCUGCGAGAACAUCUACUACGGUCGCUGGCUGUGGGGACUUAUGGCUUAUGACUUCAUCCUGCUGUGCUCUUUGGUUAGUCUGGUACCAUUCAUCUAUAGAUCGCAGCGUAAUUAUCGUGAGGGAAUCCUGAUUGUGAUUGGAGCUGUGCUUAUGCUGAUCAUCUGGUCGGUGUGGAUAACUCUGUCGCUAUUUGGCGAUGAAUGGCGGGAUGCGGCUAUUCCUCUGGGACUGCAGGCCAGCGGCUGGGCUGUUCUUGUGGGCAUUCUCAUACCACGUACUUUUCUCAUUGUACGCGGCAUUGAACGCUCUGAUAUUGCCCAAGCGUUGCCCUCGCUCACUUCCCUAGCCUUUGCCCAGAACAAUCAGUACUCCUCGGAACAAAGUGUUUAUGAGUGCGUGAAUCCCGCCAUGCGACACUGCUCGCAGGAGGAGAUGAAUCAUCAGUCACCAAGUGAGAUACCCACUUUGCCUUUGCGAGGCGGCGGUCCACGGCGCCAACAGUUCUUUGCCAAUCUUCGCCAGGCCAAUGCCAACAUUAAUCCACAACGUCCUCCACCGCGUGCACAGCAGAGUCCUUCGCGGUCAUCUGUCUGCUCCUUGCCGCCUUCGCCAGAGAAUAGCAAGAUAACGCGAUUCUAAAUGAAUCCAAGUUCUGUCCAGCUCCACUUCUAGUCAAAACCCCAAGAACGUGCAUUCAGUAAUUUGCUGAAAAACUCUAUUUGUUAACAACUUACCAUCCUAAUUAUUAACGAACCAAUAACUAGUUGCCAUUUAAGACUUGAACAUAAAUAAAUGGGAAUAAAAUUACAUACUUACAAAUUAUA